UACCCAUAACAAUUAUUCCGGUCCAGAUUAACUGAUUUAAACAAAUGUCAGACUAUUUACAGACAUUGACAGGAUUCUUGUAUAUUUCAGGUGUUCUCUGUAAAACCUGUUUCAAUGUUACUUACACCCAUCAGAGAAUAUCUGCCUUGAUCGGCUCAACAGUAGAUCUUCCCUGCACAUACCAACAUCCAAAUAACCACACAGUCAUAGAAAUGAACUGGUAUAUACAAGGAGAACGUGAUGAGGCACCAACAAACCUGAGUUCAUUGCCAGAGUAUUCAGGUCGUGUGAAGUACCUUGGAGAUAAUAUGAGUGACUGUACCCUGAGAAUCACAGACCUGAGAGAGACUGACUCAGCUGAGUACAAGUUCAUAUUUAAAACACAGUUUGCUGACAAAAAAAUUGCAGAGUGGGGGUACAGCUUCCCAGGAACAACUCUGACUGUCUCAGGACAUGUUCUCCUGUCUUCUUGGGUUCCCGUGGUCACAGUGGGGGCCGUCCUGACUGUUGCAGUUCUUCUAGUCACCAUCUACUGUACCCUGAGGAGGAGAUCUACAGGAGGAAGUGACGCUACAACAGACCCACAGAGUGUCCAUCCUGAUCCUAAUAGUGACAUGUACUCAGCUCUGAACAUGAGAAACAGAUCAACAGACUACGACACUUUAAAUACUCACCCAUUGACCAACCAACAGAUAGAUGCAGAGAUAGAUGUUUAUGAGAACUUAUGAGAACCACCACAGAAUCUGGACUGAAGAGAACCACCACAGAACCUGGAUUGUAAAGAACUACCACAGAAUCUGGACUGAAGAGAACCACCA